AUUUUGUUGCAAUUCAGAAGGAGACGGAGAAGGAAGUGUCGCAGGAACCAUCUCGCUUGAAAGCGUUCGUGGGUUUCCAACUUGUUGACAUAUCAACAGUAUUUUCUUCACCCAGCUAUUAAGCAGUGGGGUUUAAACUUUUUUUGACGAAAGGCUUUUACCAUCAAGGCCUGAAGAAGUCGUUUGUGUCGACUUCUGAGAGCAUCGUGCGCCGAGGUGAAUUGAUGUUCAGCUCGGUUACACGACAAAACACCGCUCAUUGGCACAUGAAAACGUCAGAUCUUGCUGGACAUAAAUGUGCAGCGAGAAGUAGAUUUUCUACUACUUCGAGGACCUGGAGCCCAGUUGGUGAAGAGAAGUUAAGAAGUGAAGGAGAUAUCCACGUACUCGACUCUCUGACAACAAAGAGGUGACAUAUUUCGAGAUGGGAGGCGGCGAGAGGUUCAACAUUCCAGUGGGCCAUCCGGAGCGGGCCAUGCCUAAGAAGAACCAGGCAUUGGGCCGGGCCAAGCAGCGGGCCGGGCGCGACCAGAACGGCGUGCCCUUGGUAACAGUGGCAGCGGUAGUCACUGCCGGGGUCCCGCACCUCCACCACCACGGCCACCGCAGAGGGGAGAAGGGCGUCGCCUACUGGUCUCCUGAGUCGGCGCGGCAGGCCGUGUCGGCUGAGAAGAUGAAGCUGAAGAAGAACGCAGGCGGCGCCACUGUCCGAUUUGCCACCAGCCACCAUGACCAGAACCUGGAGGGGGCCAUGUCACACCUCAACUCGCUCCUGGCAGCCCAGUGCAACCAGAACUACGCCGGCGCCAAGUUCAGCGAGCCCCCCUCCCCUAGCGUCUUGCCACGGCCCCCCAGCCACUGGGUGUCUCUGCCCGGUGCCCUAGUCGGGCCCUGCGACCACCGGGAGGUCAUGGCGUUCCAGCUGAAAAGCCUCCUCAAGGUUCAGGCCUAAAGCGGACUGCUCCCCCCUUUAUAUCCCCUCACUCCCCGGCCCAUAUCCCUCCUCCAGGCUCAGGCCUAAAAGGACUGCCCUUCCCCCAAUACACUCCCUAUCCUGGCCCCCACCCCUCACUUCCCCAACCUAACUCAAACCCAACACCCUAAAUCCUCGCUAAUACCAAUCCCAAGGCUUCACUUGGCUCUCUCUACCCCCUCUUGCAACACCGGAUGCGCUGUUAAUGCAUUUUUAGACCCCUUUUUAGAUCAAUGGAAUUUGCAGGGUGACUGUCAUUUCGUCAGACAGAUAUAUUUUGUGUCUGAGAGCUGUCACUCACCCUUUUAAGAUUUUUAUUUUUUAAAACCAUCUCCAAACUGAGGCGUUGCAGCGCUGCGGUCUUGCAGGAGAGGGUGGGGUUAGGGUCCACUUGGGGCCUGUUUCUGUGACGAAUGAUGAACUGGAUAUCCCCUUUUGUUUGCUCUAUUCCUUUGUUUUGUUCUUUUUACGUUGGCCGUUAGAUGUUAUCAUUCUUCUCGAGCAGUUUUUUUUAUUUUUCCUCCCCGUUCUUCCUUGCUCAAAGGAAGCUCAGUGCACAAACUGUCACUCCUUACACAGUUCAACUUCAUUGAAGACAGCUAGCAAGUUCCUUUUACACCCUUUACUUGUCUAACUUGAAAAAAACUUGAGGUGUUUGGUUUAGGUCUCAACACACAGACCUCGGUGCUAAAGCACAUAAACAUUUUUUGGUUGUUUUAAGUUCCCUUCUAGUGAAACACCUCCAGUAUUUUUUUUUUUCUUGUUCAUUUCAACUCUUGCUGAUCUAUACUGGGAAGUUGAAGCCACUUUGGUUCUGCAGGGAAGGAGAUGUGAGCUCAGCGAGUGCGUCUGGAGACCUCAUAGCUUUAGUGACGAAUGCUAGUGACACAAACACCGCCUCAACCCGAAGAUGAGAGCAGGCCAUAACGACCUUGUGCAGUGCCUGUAAGCCCCCGCACUUUAAACUUUUUUUUUUUCCUCGUUUUUGUCUUUGAUUUUAAACCUUAAUGGGCGCUGUGCGCCGAGCACUGCGGGGGUUGUAGUAGGAGCUGCACAGGGUCUGCAGCAGUUUAAAAACAGCAGGCAGGGUUUUCUUUCUCUUUUGUAUCCAAUCCUCUUUUUGUGCAGUAGUAAUAUGCUGUUGUGGUCAGUAGUGUUUUUGUUUUUGGGUAAACCAAAGCAUUCACUUUAAUUCCAGCUUUGUUUUUCUCCAUGUCCCCAAUCCUUCCCCCCCUUGCCUCUUGGGUGUGGCCACAAGUGCCAUAUAGGCCACACCUUGGCAGCUGGCCUUGGGACCUGCUCCCGUCCUGUGUCUCCUCUUUACUGAAUGGCAAUCAGUGCGGCCACCUCUAGUCCCUUUUCUCCUCCUCCAUGCCGCCUCAGUGCCUCCAUGCACACAGGCCACGCGGAAGAGGACAUGUUCUGGGUCUAUUCCCACUGCCAUGUCCUGUUGGCCUUGUUUUUUGUUUUACUGUUUCGUUCAUGAAUUUCUCUUGGUAUUUUGGCCAUGGAGCUCUUGAAGCUUAAGCCAUGGAGGAAGGAGUUCGGUCAGGUAGCUGGGUUUUAGAGGACAUGGCCCAGCACGAGAAGGCGUGACACAAAGGAUUGUGGGUAUGUUUACAUGUAGAAUACUUUUUAAGGUCACACUGGGGAGCUAAGUCUCAAGGAGGUUCUCACUGCCCCCCACCCCAUCCAUUCCCAUUUACCUUUGACCCCCCUGACCUCUGGGUUGCACUGCUGUUGUAUCCUGUGUCUUAGUUACAGGCCUGUAGUAGCCUGUCACGGCAGCGGGUACCAUAUCUGCUGUCUCUUAAGUGUGUGUGUUUGUGUGUGAGAGCGCGAGAGAGAGAGUGAGUGUGUGUGUGCGUGUGUGUAUGUGUGUUUUCGUGAGGCAAACAUUUGGAUGAGGUCAUCCAUGUCUUUGCAGAACGGGAAAAGUUUAAUGGCCAUCUUAAAGAUGACAAAACGAAGCAAUUUGAGGUUGUCAGAUGUGUUAUAAGUAAGAGCCAUGUAAAUAAUGAAAUGUAUAAAAGUGUAGCAUAUGUACAUUUAUGCAGGAUCAUUUUAACCUGCUGAUAAAGUAUUUUUAGUAAUAACACUGAAUGUAAGAGUCACGCGAAAGGACGUGGCUCCGUUUAAAAAUGCUGAAGAAUAUUUUUGUUAAAAAAAAGUAAAAAAAGAGACUGCUUGCCUAAAGCACGCGUCAAUACCCCUGCACUGUCAAACAUUGCCAGUGAUCUUGCACAUGUUUUUAUUAUUUUUUUAAUUUUGUAUUAUGAACAGUGUAGGGAGAAAAAUAAGCUUUAAGUUGACCUUGUUAAAAAAAGUAACUAAUUGAUCCCAGAAAGCAUUUACAUGUAUGAAUUUUCUGUUUGCACACCUGGAAAACAUUUUAUUAGUGAACUUUUGUUGGCGCCUGUCAAUUCCAAACUGCAAUUGUGUAGGCUUUAAUAAUAAUAUGGAAGUUGUUACUAUCAUCUAUGUUCCCCCACUGUAAGUUGUUUCACAUGAUGCCUUGUGUUCACAAUCAUUGCUCUUGACUGAAUCAGGCUUGGCUACCAGACAUUCUUCCGCUGGCUGGUAACUGACCCUUGUUGUUGUUGUUGUUGUUUCUUUUCUUUUAUCUUUGUUUUUUUUUCUCAUUAUUUUUUUUUCUUUUUAAUUAUUGAUUUGCCUUCGAUCCCCAUGUUCUAAGAAGGUUCAUACAUGUAAUUGUCUUUCUUCCAAAUUGGCAACUCUGAAGAGUGUCCUUGUUUCCAAUUGGCUUUGAAUUUUGUCCCCAACUUAUGUCACCGAAAAGAAUUGAACAAAAAUGCCCAACCAAAUCUGAAACCUCAAAAAAGAAAACAAAAUGUCUAAAUAAAAGAAAGCACUAUUUUAAAUUUGGUUAAAUUGAAAAGUUAAAAAAAAAAAAAGUUAAAUAAACCUAUUCCCUUUCCCCCCUA